GCUGGCAUACAGACAUAUACAUCAACGGACAACGCGGGUGCUUGACCUCUAGGAUCUAGAUAGAUCCAUUCUCCAUUCAUUGAAGACCAUCAAUCUGAGAUGGACACGAAGAAGCCGUAUAUACUCGCCAUUGUCAUAGUAGCCAUCUACACUGGCAUGUAUGUGAUAUCCAAGGCUGCGUUCAACCAAGGAAUGAACAGCUUUGUCUUCGUCUUCUACCGCCAGGCUGCUGCAUCACUUCUCCUGGUGCCUAUUGCACUUGUUCUCGAAAGGAAAAAUGUGCAAUCGUUGCCCCUUGGGUUGCUCCUGAAGCUGUUUUUCCUCGCCUUAAUUGGGAGCACAUUAGGCCUGAAUCUCAGCAAUGCAAGUGUGACGCUCACAUCAGCGACUGUAGCCUCUGCAACAAGCAACUCCACCCCUGUGAUCACCUUCUGCCUGGCACUGCUCUUGAGGAUGGAGGUGGUGAAGUUUAGGAGCUCCUCAGGCAUAGCCAAGGUGAUCGGUGUAGCACUCUGCCUGGCCGGUGCCUUGACCAUCGCCUUCUACACCGGGCCGUCGUUCAGUCCUAUCAACCAUCAUCGUGCCUUUCGCGCCCGCACUGCCCAUGCCUCAAAAGCUCCAAGUCACGGAACAUGGGUAAUCGGCACGUUUCUUAUGGUUCUGUCCAACGUGACAUGGUCCCUAUGGAUGGUUUGGCAGGCCGUGCUGCUCAAGGAGUAUCCCAACAAGAUGCUCAUAACAACAGUGCAGUGUGUGCUUAGUAUGGUGCAGUCAUUCGUUGUCGCAGCUGUUGCUGAGCGGGAUUUCACAAAGUGGAAGCUCCAUUUUGACAUCAGCUUGCUCGCUGUUGCUUACACCGGGUUUGUGGUAACUGGAAUUUCCUACUACCUGCAAGCAUGGUGCGUGCAGAUAAAAGGCCCAGUCUUCAUUGCCGUGUGGAACCCACUCUGCUUUGUUUUGACAAUAUUCUGUUCCUCCUCCUUCCUUGGAGAGAUUGUUCACCUCGGCAGCAUCGUGGGUGGACUCCUAUUGGUUUGCGGCCUUUAUAGCGUCUUAUGGGGUAAAAGUAGGGAGUGCAAGUUUUUUGAGUGUACGGCCAACACUGUCAAUGGUGUACAAGAUGGACAAGAACAUAAGAGUCCUCAAGCGACGGAGCUUGGCAAGAAAGGACAAGAGAAAGCAACCUCAAUGUCAGCUGUCGAAGUAGUGUGAUAAAAAAAUAUACCCCCAAAUCAUUUAUGUCGUUGUUGUUGUUACAAAUUACUUCUAAGUCACUAAAAUUGUUGCAUUAAGUUUACAAUAAUUAACAGGUGCUUAAAUGCAGAAAUUUAAAUAUAGACGACAGGGAAAGGUUGGAUGUUAA